CCGUUUUCAACCUCAGCUCUUUCUCCAGCACACGAGGGAGAGGUAUGUAUCACUGCCGCUAACUCCUGUAUACACCUCCAUUCCGCUUCUAUUUGACACACUUCUCAAUAUUCAUAAAUGACCGUAUAUUAUUUCUAUCUUUGUAGACGUCAUUUUAUUCUUUUUGGUUUCCUCGACCUUGUACUGAACCCCCACUGCCUUUCCCGCCAUGAGUGCACGAACCUCCGCAAAGGUGCCAGACGCGUGGGAUGAUAAUUGGGAAGCCCAGAUUGAUUCUGAACCGCAUGCGCAAGAUGGGGUGGCGGCACCUUCACCAGCACCGGCACCUGAGAAAAAGCUAUCUUCUCGAGCCAUAAAAGCCCAGAAAAGAGCUCAGCACGCGGAGUUCAAUCGCCAACUAUGGGCUGAAGCAGAAUCCCCUCAAACCUUCCACUUCCUCGAAUCACGGGCCGCCUCCGUCCCUCUCAGAUCUGACUUCAAGCCGCCAGUCACCGUCCUAAGCCGCAAACCCCAACUCGCCAAGCGCCAACACUCGCAAUCUCAAUCACCCUCAGCCGUCUCCCCAUUUCCGUCCUCAUCCGCGUCGGGUGCCGUUGACGCUACAAUGGCAGGUAUCCAACACCUCUCCGUCUCCGGCAUGAGCUCCCCCGCUACCGGCGCCACUGCCACCAUCGCAAUGCCUCCAGAUUUUUUACCUAACCACGACGAUGACGACGGUGACGAUGAUGACGACGGAGAGGAAGGGCCGAAAUUAACACCGGAAGAGCUGCAGGCACAACGCGAGCGGGAACGGGAGGAGAGACAGCGCAAAUACGAGGAAGUAAGAGAGCGGCUGUUUGGGAGUCCGUCAGGGGCUGGCUCGGGGGCCUCUUCGCCGGGUAGCACGAGCACAACACCGCCACCAUCACAGUCACAGUCACAGGAUCAUCCUCAUCCUCAUUCCCAUUCUCAUAGGCAGGGUCUUGGUACGAGAGGCAAGGGGAGAGCCGGCCGGCAUAAUGCCAGCAGCAAGGAGAGUCGGGAGAGGAAGGAGAUAUCGGCCAAUUACAACAGCAACAACAACAAUAAUAAUAAUAAAUCUAAUAGACAGCUAUACGAUCCUAAUUACCCUACGCGAUCGACUUCGGGGCAUGGGCAGAGAGGGGACAGGAGGCAAAAUUAUGUAAAUAAUGGGCAGGAGAACGGACGAGUGCAGGAGAAGCCGCAGCAGUCGCAGCAGCAACAGAUGCCACUUAGAACUCCAAGGGGGCCAGAUGGGAGUGGACGAGGGGGGUUUGGAUUCAGCCCGCGCGGUGCAAAGUCUUUGGUUAAUCAACUUCAUUCAAACCAACCUAUUUAAGCGUGUUGCAUGGUUUGUUGAUCAAUUGAGCAAAAGACUUAUACUUUUUCGUUCUGCGUGACGAAGUCAGGAUAUCCGAUGCAAGAUGGACACAGGAUGAAGGAGAGGACCAACGACGACAAAGAACUAUUACUCAAUCGACAUAUACGCGACCUCACCAAGAACGAGAAACCCAUACCAUACAAAAUCCAGUUCCAGUACCCAGAAAAUACGCCAGCGCCUGUUCUCGUUCCGGAAAUGCUAGAAGAAAAUACCACCUGAAACAACAGAGAAACGAUAAAUAUAUAUAUAUAUAUAUAUGACGCCAUCCAUCACGACCGCUCAGGAACCAUAUGGACGCCAGCUAUGGCAAGGUCCGCCCCGCAUUAAUUACAUUCGCCAGCAGUGACGUAUUAGACCGAUUUUCUACAAGAAGUCAAUCAAUCAAUCACGAGCAUAACGCGGAGCUUCAACAAAAAGCGACAAUCUACACACAGAAAACUCACCAGCAUACCGCUCAUAACUAUCCAAAUACAACUCAUCCGCGCUCGUCGUGGCUAUGACAUGCUCGUCAUUUUCCACAGCAUCCACCCACGCUUCCCAGCGACUCCCCCGCUCAGGAUCCGGCCAGCCGCGAUAUCGUUUGAGCACACGACUGAGUCUUAGCAUCCAGGGCGCGAAUUGGAUAUCUACGUAGGAGAUGGCGGGGCCGAGGAAGAAAGGCCCGUGGACAUGCGAGGCGUUGACGAGUUUGUUGAUUUCGGCUUGGAGCUCCUCUGAGUGCGUGGUCUGCUUUUGUACGUCUUGUUCUUGGAGGAGGCGAUAGAAAGUCGGGAUUAUGUGGCGGUUUACCUGGGAAAAUUGAAAAGGGCAAAUUUAAUUAGGACGAUGAGGAGUGAAGACCGAGGGGAGUUUGGAGGUAUUGAAAAAUAUACUAACAUGAUCGGCCCAUAGGCGGCAAUGGGCACGUAGCUGAGGGUCUCUUGGUGGGAGGAGAGGAUUACCGGCUUCGAGAUCAUCAAGCUAAGUAAAGGGACAAUAGAGGGAUUGGUCAACAAAAGAAAGGGAUAUGUUAAAUUACCCGCCACUAGCAGCUGGCUUUCCUUGUUGAAAGGAAUGGAAGAGGGGGGGGGGGGGGAACAUACAUAUUCUAGCAAAACUGUACUCUCAUAACACCCCCAAUUUCCCUGGCGGAUGGCGGGCACCAAACCGCGCGGAUUAACCUCCAACAACGACUCGGGCUUGUUGUACGGAUCAACCUCGAUGUACUGGUAAGGAAUCCCUUUGACCUCCAAGGCAAUCCAGACACGCUGGACGAACGGACUGGUGAAACAAGAAAAGUCGACGAGUUAGCGCUCGAGGGUCGGUAUUUCAUGAAAAAGGCCACGAUAUUGGGUUGUGAAUUGUGUUAGGAGCGGAAGCGGUUGUUUUUGUUAUUUGUAUUGAUGGGGUAGGGGCGCGGUUAGGGGGAAUGUAGAUAAUUGUCGAAGCGAGAUGUAUAUUUUAUUUUUUACAUACCAGAAACAACUUCCGAAGAGCUUUAGGUCUGAUUCUCUUGCGUGUUUUUUGACCGUUACGGCAGCGGGGCCAGAGGCCUUCUUGUGGUAUGAUUUCUGCUGCGCCUUUUGGGUGUUGUUAGAUAUCUUGUCCUUCUUUUCCCCUUUUUCCUCUUUAUAACAUAUAGCGGAAACGAAAGUCUUGGACAAAGAAUAAUUUUCCGUGUUGUGUAUGGGGUGUUAAGGAACGAAUGUCCAACCCAUGUCCCUUCUAGAAUUGAAACUUGAAAGUUGUACACAUAUUACGUGUAUCAAGAGUCAAUGAUGAUCUCCAUCGUCCACUUUUACCCAUUCCACACAACACCGCCAAACCAAGUCACUUGUAGUAGAAAAACAACAGGAGAAAAAUAAAUAAAAUAAA